UGUUGGAAACCAAGCUAAUGCACAGCUAAAAAACCCAAUAAAAGAGAAACGAAAGGCACUUUAAUCUCCAAUCGAGUUGAUUGGAGAGAGAGGGAGUUGGUUACUGUUGAAUGCAACAUUCGAAAAAAACCUAGCCCUAGAUUCAAAAUCUCUGAAUCAUUUUCGAAUUUCACCCCACCCCCCACAGAAUCCUAGUUUCCAGCUCUUCGGAUCUUCUCGUUUCAUUUUCCGAGGUUCUUCGGAUCUUCCAAGGAAAAUCCUUCUCGGGUUUGGGGUUUGGGUCCUCAUAGCUCUUCCAUUAGUCCAAGGAUGAGUAGUCGAAAGGAAGAAGAGAGGAAUGAGAAGAUCAUCCGAGGCCUCAUGAAGCUGCCUCCGAAUCGAAGAUGCAUCAACUGCAACAGCUUGGGUCCUCAGUAUGUCUGUACAAAUUUUUGGACUUUUGUUUGUACCACUUGUAGUGGGAUACAUCGGGAGUUUACUCACCGUGUGAAGUCUGUCUCCAUGGCAAAGUUCACUUCACAAGAAGUUGAAGCUCUUCAAAAAGGUGGCAAUCAGCGUGCAAGGGAAUUAUAUUUGAAAGAUUGGGAUACACAAAGGCAGAGAUUGCCUGAUAUCAGUAAUGUUGAUAAAGUACGGGAUUUCAUUAAGAGUGUCUAUGUGGAUAGAAGAUAUGCUGUAGGAAAGACAUCUGACAAGCCUCCGAGAGAUACACAGAACCUGAGAGACCGUGAUGAGGAGACAAGACGAGCCAGUUCAUAUCACUCUUAUUCCCAAAGUCCACCUUAUGAUUAUCAAUAUGAAGAUCGACGGUAUGGAAAGCAAGCUGCUGUGCUUACUAGGAAACCUGGUUCAGACCGAGGCCUCUAUGAUGGGAAGAUCUCAAGUUUUGUUUACAGUCCUGGUCGCUUAAGUGAUCAAAUGUGUGAGGAUCGGUUUGCAAAUGAUGGCUCUGGUGAUCCAUUCAGGUCCAAUAUCCAGUCACCAAAUUUUCAGAAGGGCAUUGGAUUCAGCAGUCCUCCUAUUCAUCCUUCAAGGGGUAUCUUAAUUGGAGAUGCACAGCAACAAACAAUAAAUACCGUUGUGGAGGAAAACUCCAGGAGAGAUGGGUUUCAACGUCCACAGAGAACUACAUCUUCUGGAAGCUUUGGAUCAUUUGAUAGCAACUCCAUGUCUAUCAAGUCAGCUAAUUCCAGUAAUUUUAUGGAUGUUGUCUCAGAACCUGAGCAAUCUACUGGUGGGGCACACCAGGAUAAAAUAUCCGAGCUUCAUGCAUUACCGCGAUCAUCUGUUUCUGGAUAUCCUGUCAGCUUGGACCUUUUUGAUGCACCCUUUGCACCAGAAACUGUGACUUCUUCAGCUUCAUCUAUUGAUUUGUUUCAGUUACCUGUGACAUCAUCAGUUCCAUCUGUUGAUUUAUUUCAACAAUCCUCAGUUUCUUCAGUUUCAUCCAUGAAUCCUCAUCAAGCUUCCCAGACUUCACCACCUUCGGCUUUUGACUUCUUUGCUGAGAUUAAUCAGCAGCAGUCGGCAGCCACCUUGCAUCAAAAGUUGCCAGAAUUAUCUGUCCCAAAAAAUGAAGGUUGGGCUACAUUUGAUACGCCUACACCCAUGACAUCUAUUGCAGGUACGACUGAAAAUUGUACCCCUGCAAAAAUACCUUCUACUGAUGGAGGUCCUCCAGGAAAGUUGGACUCAGUUUUAUCCAUGGAUGCAAGCAUGCAGUGGCCACUAUUUCAAGAUUCUAAUGCUCAUGGUCCUUUAUCAAUGUCUAAUCCAUGGGAUCAGGGUCUACAUAAUGUUCAAGCCUCCACUAAUGUAACCAGUACCCCGUUAUGGAAUGCUUUUGAAGAUGCUAUUGGACAUCUUUCGUUGGGAAGCAUUCAACAAAGUAGCGAACCACAUGUUGCAGUAUCCAAGCCUUCAACCGCUGAUCAGUUUUUAGGAUCAAGAGUUUUAGAGGACCCUGAUAAUGAUGGGAUUCAAAGAGCUGCUUCGGCUGGUGGCCCUCCUCUUCCUAGUGUACCAACUCAUGUCACUGGCCCGCCUGAUGCACCAUCAGAGCUUGCCCUUAUGGGAGGAACACAAUCACAAAGAACUGAUAAAAAAUCUUCUAACCCAUUUGAUCUUCCAUAUGAUUCUGAUUUGGAACAGAGCAGUAUGUUCUUGGACAUGAGCUCUCUCCAAGCAGCCCUGCCAUCAAAUCCUCAGUUGCCAUCUGCAUUCCUUGGUGGUGUAACUCAACCAUGGUUUCCUCAAAAACCAGUCACACCUUAUAUCCCAGCUGCACCUCAAGGGGGCUUAGCGUAUGUGGCAGGAUCAACACCAAGCUCCCAAUUACCGAAUGGCCAAACACAAGGCCCUGUUGCUUCUAUUGGAGGAAACCCUUUCGCAUAGGAUGCUGUGGUUGAAAGGAAUGUUUUCAUCAUCCUCUUCCUUUGGUGUUGUUGAAAGGUUUUCCAUGACUAAUUAUUUUCAAAUCUCUUCCAUAUAUUAGAAUCUUUUCUUUCCCUUCCCCCCUUUGCUGUCUUAUUUGCCUGUAUUCUUUUUUAUUUAUUUAAAAUAAAACCUGUGUACAAAAACUAGCAGAAAAUUUGCAAGGUCCCAGAAAUUCUUAGUGAUUUGCAUCAAAUUCUGGCCUCAUGUUUGUAUCCUAAUUGUAGUUCAAGAAAAGGGCGAUGUUAUAUAGAUGAGUGUAGCUAUAAGGAUUGUAUUAGGUUAUGUGUUUCUUUGGGUUCAACUUAAGAUGUGGAUCUGUAUUUACCUUCUUUGCCCAUGCUUCAAAUGAAACAUGCAACAAUGAUCAGCUGACUUUACUUUGUAUUUUUCUCUAUUUU